ACAAAAGCAACUUCUUUUUCUUCAUGCUUUACAACGCUAAACGAUUUCCCAAAAACAAUACAUGCACUCACAAUGCAUUACCUAUCUUGUUAGUUAGUGUAUAAAGUUCCCACAUUUCAACAAGAAAAUAAAACAAACGAAACACCCCUGUAUCACACAAAGCCCACAUUAAAAUGGCAGUAACAAUAUCAACAAUUAAAGACAAUCCAGAGGAGAAAAUCCAAGAUUUUGCACCAGCUAUGGCUCAAAAAUGGCCUGGAAAUUUCAUGAAAAUCGCGGUUUCGGAGAUGAAAAAACAGAGAGGCCUGGCAAUACCGUUGAUUGCUAUGAACCUGGUAUGGUUCUUGAAGUUGGCAAUCACUACUGCAUUUCUUGGACGCCUUGGAGAGCUGCAGCUGGCUGGCGGGGCGCUUGGCUUCACCUUUGCGAAUGUGACUGGAUUUUCGGUAUUAAAUGGACUGUCGAAUGCUAUGGAACCUAUAUGUGGCCAGGCUUAUGGUGCUAAGAACUUUAGACUCCUUCGUAAGUCACUUGUCAUGACAACUUUUUUGCUACUGAUAACCACCCUGCCCGUGUGUUUUUUGUGGAUUAAUGUUGAUAAAAUCUUAACUUUUUUCGGACAAGAAAGAGACAUUGCCCUGACCGCGAGGAGGUAUCUUGUUUAUCUAGUGCCUGAUUUGGUGAUCACUUCUUUUUUGUGCCCUCUAAAGGCCUAUUUGAGCUCACAAAACCGGACUGUUCCAGUUAUGUUGAGCUCCGCGGUGGCUGUGGCCCUUCAUGUGCCUAUCAACAUAUUGCUCAUGAAAGCAAAGGGCCUAGAGGGAGUCGCGAUGGCUGUUUGGAUCUCUGAUCUUAUAGUUGUGGUUCUGCUCACGGUUUAUAUUUUGAGGCUGGAGAUUAAGAAUGGAGGGAGGUGGGAGGGAGGGGGAUGGUUCGAGCAAGGAAGUGAUGAUUGGAUUAGGCUGCUCAAGCUUUGCGGACCAUGUUGUUUAACCACUUGUCUCGAGUGGUGGUGCUAUGAAUUGUUAGUCUUGUUGGCAGGAUGGCUCCCGAAUGCAAGGCAAGCAGUUAGUGUGCUGGCAAUUGUCCUGAAUUUCGACUACUUGAUCUACUCUGUCAUGCUCUCCCUAGCUACAUCUGCAUCCAUUCGUGUGUCGAAUGAGCUUGGUGCCAAUCAACCUGGCCUUGCUUAUCAGUCAGCAUGUGUUUCUAUAGCUGUGAGCUCCAUCACUGGCUGUCUUGGUGCUGCAGUAAUGGUAGCAUCAAGAGGCAUAUGGGGACCUCUGUUUAGUAAUAACAAGGCAAUUGUAAGCAGUGUAAAGAAGAUGAUCAUGCUCAUGGCAUUAAUAGAAGUGGUGAAUUUCCCAUUAGCAGUUUCUGGAGGAAUAGCGCGAGGAACGGCUAGGCCUUGGAUGGGUAUGUAUGCAAAUCUUGGAGGGUUUUACUUGCUCGCCUUGCCUUUGAGCUGGGCUUUAGCUUUCAAAUUUCAUCUAGGACUUGGCGGAUUGCUGGCAGGAUUCUUCGUUGGGAUGGUUGGUUGCUUGAUCAUAUUGUUGGUGUUUGUCGCGAGGAUUGAUUGGGUGGAAGAAGCUGGGAAUGCACAGCUAAGGGCCUCACACCUGGAAGAUGACCAAGAGCCUGUUAGUAAAGAUGGAAAGCAGAGUCUUCAGACACCAAUUGAUGCUGUAAUUUGAUAUCUUAGGAAACCGCUUUCCGGGGCACAUACACACAAUAUCAAGUGUACUUUGUAGCUUAACAACAACCUGAGUUUAAGCAAAGAAUGAGCUUGACUUGACUAAAUGGAUCAGUUCACAGACAAA